AUGGUACAAGGGGUCCCCGAUGCCGACAGUCCAGCAGAAUGCGACUGGACGAUACUGCAGUUGUUUCAAUAUGCGCCGGCGAUCAUACUGACACUGCUUAUCCUGGAGUAUGUGUCGCACUUGGACACAGAGAUCGCGUGUAUAUGGAGACGCCCCUUCACGCACGUUAAGCUGCUAUACGUCGUCGCGCGGUAUGUCGGGCUCGCGUCUGCAAUAGCCAGCGAAGCUUGGAUUUCACAUUCCUUACGCCCGACGAGUGUACCUUGGGAUACCGGUUCUUGUAAGACGUGGCUUUUGAUCCACGUCUACACUGCACACAUCAUGCACCUGAUACUUCUACUGCACGUCUCGUCUCGUGUGUACGCGUUAUUUGUCUUCGAUAAGUACAUACGGUACACCUUGACCUUCCUGGUCCUCCUGGACUUCAUCACGGCGCUAUGCAUAACGACCAUAAGCGUCCGUGCCACCACCUUUACCGGCUCCUGCGAGCCACACUCGCCCUCUACUGUGCAGUAUUACGCCAUUGGGAGCGGUGCCGCGCAGCUCGGAAUGUUUGCUCUGACGUUGUACAAGCGAUGGUCGCUGCAUGCGAAAGCCUCGAGCGGUGUCGUCAAUGUCGUCACCCGCGAUGGAGGAUGGACGUUCGGCGUAAUAGCCACUUGCUUGGCGGUGCUAGCCAGCAAUGGGCACUCCGUCGACGUAUCUAGCAAAAGGUUUCUUUGCGCGCUAGUUGUGUUCUGCACACCUCCAGCUUUCUCCUGUGUGGUACUUUUCCACCGUGCUACAGUGUCCGAUCAUUGUUGCUGAUGACUCGACAGAUCUGUCGCCUCGUUCUUAACGUCCAGAGCUUACAUGUCCUUCAUGAGACCAGCAGUGAGGCUGAGCCCAACGGUGUCGAGCUCACAUCCGCCUUCACCAUAGAUGGAAUGGAUACGAUAUCCAAGGGUGCAUCCCUUCAGGUCCCCGCAAACGAACGUCACCCCAGUGUACAAUAACCCUACUGCGGACGUCGACGCUGACGCUACGCUCCUCGCCCCGCGCUCGUCGAUGUCACUGUUCUGUAUCAUAUCGCUCUCCUAUCUAUUAUCUAGCAGUAUCGCGAUAGAGCCUGCAAAUGAACGGGGCAGUAUAGAACGGCUA